ACUCGUCAUGACCUGCAGCACCUCUGAGAAGCUCACGUAUCUGUGAAGUAUUUUUAGGUUUGGCAGGGCGAUGCAAAAAACCCAAUCCCUGCUUUCAUAAUGUGACACCAGGAUCGCAAAGUUAAACUCUGGACAGCCUUGCUGUUACCAGGAUGGGCUGAUAAAUCUUCAAGCACAAUUAAAAUUUCACCUUUUGAGGAUGACUGGCCCCUGCAAGUAGAUGCAGCGUGCCUCACUGCGUUCUGCAGAAAACGGGACGCUGCGUCAGGCUAUUUACAGAUAAUGCUGAGCAAGAGAAAGUUCCCACAGCUGAAAUGACAUGAAGAGAGCGACCCGUUCGCCUGCAAAGCGCCUCUGAUUAAUGCAACCUGCAACAAAAAUGGAAACGAUGGAAAUAAUGGAUCCAGAGAGCCAGAUGACAGCACUGUUGGACGACACGCUGGCAGAAGAACAGCUAAACGACGAGCUGGAGGAUCUGAGCAACAGUUUGAGAGAGGUGGUCCAGGAUGGUGCGGUCAAGCCGAAGCUCCACUGCCUGAUGAUGGAUCCGUCCUUCUCGAUGGUGACGGUCCAGAGUGAGGACAGUGGGAUCGUUUGGGAAACCGCUUCCAGCCGCUGCUCCACACCCUGGGCCUCCGAGUUCAACUCGCUGGCCUCCGAACCCGGAUACAGCUGCUGCGGCUCCGGAGCGGCCGGCAGGAUCGUCUUCAUUAUGGACGAAGAACUGAUGAGCCGAAGAAAGAGGAAGCCAAAGUCUGAGAAAUCAAAGACGCUUCCUCAGGUCAGCCACGAGAUCCUUGCUGAAGCAGAGAGACCAGCCAUGGUGGAAGUGUCCCUGCCGAAUGUGACAUGGGAAGAAGGAACAGAUGAACACAAAACGGCUGAUCUGAGAGAAGAAAAGCACCAGCGUUUGUUCAGUCUCGUCUCUGAAGGAUCUGAGAUACUAAACAUCAUCGCUCCGCCGAGAGUCUCCACCGUGGAUGAAGAGGAGAGCAAAGGUCUGGAAGAUAACUUGUAUUACCUCGAGGAGACGCCUGCUGUGAAAUCCGCAGAGAUCCUGGAUGAACCCGAGCUGGACUUUGAGACUGUAGAGACGGAGAAGAGCGUUUUAUUGAUACCAGAGCCUGUUGUCCCGUCUAUCCAAAUAUCCCGAAGAGGACAGACGACCGAGGACUACUUUGAGAAGUUCACGCUCCUUGACCAUCAAGCUCCAUCAGGAGCAGCACCAGUAGAAGAAGCCCAACGGGAGACAGAGGACAAGGUCACAGAAGAAGAUGGUCCUGAAGCAGAACCAGGACCUGGACUUUCUGGAGUCUCCUCAGCUGUGAGUAUGCUAGACAUUUCUGGCGAACACUUGGACGAUGUGUUUUACGGCGGAGGGAGCGAGCCACCUACUGCUGCAAGUGUUAGUGAAAAGGAAAGAGAGCUUUCCAAAUCCUCUCUGAAGGAAAGCGGAAGCGCCUUGUUUGGAAGCGAGGAGUCAGUUCUCACUCCCAUAUACCUUCCCGAAGGUCCUCCGAAAAUCAUCGACCCCAAUUUGCUCGAGGAGCCCAAAGCCUUGGCGUUUCUCUACUCGGACCUGUACGCAGACGCCGUCGGUACCAGAAAGAAGCAGGACGAUGACGUCGAGAGCGUGACCUCCGAGAAAUCCUUCCACAGUCAAGCAUCCGACUCUGAGGACAGAGGCUAUCUGGAGAAGUUUGUGCUCAAGGUUGAGACUCUGGCUGACGUUGUUCCUGAGAUAAUCCCAGAGGAACGGCAUGAUCCUUUCAGACUCGCCGGGUACGUGGCACACCACAAAGAAGAAGUGGACAAUCAGGCAGAGGAGCAGGAAGAGAUCACGGAUUUCUUUAGGAACAGUGCAUCUUCAUCGCCCUGUGAACCUGUCGACUUUGAGCAGCUGGAGAAAGAGAAAGAGUUCGAAGCUGUCAGGACACCUCGGGUCACUUUCAAAGAUGAAGCGCCAAGGAAUAAGACCGAACAGGCAAGCGAUCGUCCAUCGCUGGCUGACGACACAGACUUUGAGUUUUUACCGGUUGAAAUAAGCGAGGACUGUCCAGCUUGGGAGGAAAACUUGCCGACGGUUGCGGUAAAAUCGACACGCACAGAUUUCGACCUAAGACAAAAACCAAAGUCAGUAAGCGAGAAAAACUGUCCAGCGCCCAUCCAAGCUCAAAAAAACACAGUCAGUCCCAUAAUUCCACACCACAAACCCUUCCUGGAUCUGAGCCCGCUGCUGCACGUCCAGACCGAGACCGAAACACCAGACGCUGAAGAGGAGAAAGAGAACACAAGCUCUGCAGAUGUCAGUAAUCAGGACUGUGCGAUCUCCGGAGACUCUACAAGAGAGAAUCCCACAAAUCUGCUGCAUGAGGACGCUGCUGAAGAGCAAGUCUGAGUGAGGUUUGAGCCUCGCUGAUUCGCUGGCUUGACAAUGAGUGAUCCGUUAGCAUCUGCGACCGUCCUUCAACAAAACAGAAAAUGAGCAGAACGUUAUCAGGAGUCUCUAUGUCUGUCGUGAUCAGUGUCGGGGGGAACGCAUUACAAGUAACACGA